AUGGGCGAGCAUAAUCUUCUUAAUCCCGGGUUUGUGGGACCGUUGGUAAACAUCCACACGGGAGACACAUUUUACCUCCCCAAUUUUAGAGCGUCCGGGGGACAACUGGCGGGUCUACCCUCUCUCUCCUACCCAAGAAGGGACAAUGUAUGCUCCCUUCCUUGGACCGCGUCGGAGCCGUGCAAUGGAUAUCCUCAACCCUACUUUAGCAGUGCCAUGUCCAUUAACCCCUCUUUCAACCGUGCAUGCGAAAUCACCAGGCAAGAUGAAGGCAAAUGUUUUUACAGCAACGGUGGCGGCAACAGGGAACCCUGCGCUGAAAGCGCAAACCUCAAACGUGAAGAGAGGGCAAGAGGAGACUCCUCUUCCUCCAUAACGACGGAGCAUGGACUGCACAACGGGAUUGGCAACAACGGUACAUAUUCCAAGUACGACUAUGGCGUGGAGCAGUUGACCCAAGAUCCGCUAUCCUGUCAAUCCCUAGAAUCUGACUCCAGUUCAUCGCUGCUCAAUGAAGGGAGCAAAGCCUCUACAGGCAUCGCUCAGGCGUUGACAUCCCCUGGCAAUCACGCACCAAGCACAGCAGCGGGCGGAGGCGCCCCGUGGUACCCAAUGCACACCCGAACCCGAAAGAAACGUAAACCCUACUCCAAACUCCAGCUGGCGGAGCUGGAAGGCGAGUUCAUGCUCAAUGAGUUCAUCACCAGACAGCGGCGGAGGGAACUCUCUGACCGCCUGAACCUCAGCGACCAACAGGUUAAGAUAUGGUUCCAGAACCGGCGGAUGAAGAAGAAGAGAUUGAUGCUUAGGGAGCAGGCCUUGUCCUUCUUCUAAGAGGGAGAGAUAUAUUUUAAAGGGGAAUAUAGGCAGGCUGUAUUCUCGAUGAAACAUACUGUUGAUUAUUUUGGUGUAAUCAAAUUCGAUGGCAUAUAGCAUGCACAGUAUGACGUCUCACGUCCUUUAGAAGAAGGAUGUUUUCUGAAACAAAACGACCUCAUCUGAGUUAUCACUACAUCUAUCUCGAAAAACAAAUCAAGAGACCAAAUAAUAUCUUUAUCUGACCUUAUAUCGCAUAUAAAACGUUUAUCAAUACAAGUGGUGACAGUGCAAGAGCUAAUAGUCUUCCCUAUAUUAUGUGUUCUUUGAUAUGGAACAUUCGAAAUAGUUAGCGCCCAGGAAUGAAAGGCAGACACAGUGCAGUCUAAAGCAACACAACGUUUCAAUUAACAUUAUUUGGGAAAAUAUAAUUUGGGACUUGUAACUUUUUUCAAAGAUUUCUUUGGCAAUUUAGUUUCCCAUCCUUUUACCAAUGCACUAACACUUGUGACUCAUUCGGUACAAUCAUUUCUAACAAAUGUAACUAAUCAAAUGAUAUAUAUAUCGGAUUUUUACAAAUUGAUUUGAUUUAAGAUAUGAACAAUUUCAGUAAUAAGCAUAUGCCUGCUUGUUGAGAAUAUGAAGCUAAUGGAAAGUUACGGAAUCCAUACUAAUGGAUAUUCAAUAUUAAAGAAUAACUCAAUCAAAUUUACGAAUGCAUAGCAUGUAUUUAUAAACCUUUUUAGUCUCAUGAGUGGAAUUAAGAUUGAACUGAUCCAAAUUGUGUUUCAUAAGUUUGAGUUCACUUAGGUACUUCUAUGUAGGCACGGUGCAUCAAUAUGGCUAUGGCCCAUUUCACCAGUAUUAAAUAAGUCAUGACAUGAUCGACCCCAGAACUCCUAAAACAAGUGUUACAACGUUCAUGGAAGGUUGAACUUGGGCUUUGGCAUAUUCAGCCAUUUAAUUUUUAUUUUUUAUUUUUUUAUCUCAGUGGAUCUUAAGAUGGUUUUGGGGCAUGCAAUUAAAAGCCUAAGUUAUUAAUUUUCAAUCAAUCGUGUGCUCUAGGAGACGUGCAUGGCCACGGUCAAGGACAACAACUGGCCUUACAGCCUACUGCGUCUGUCAGAGCCAUCCAUUCUAGAGCCAUUUUCAUGAGUGCAUUUCGAUACUGUUUGUAAAUUACAACACUUUGAUUUACAAAAGUCGAUUAUCUGCUAUUACAUUUCUCAUCCCGCUAAAACACACACACACACACACAAAGAUUCCGA